AUGAAGAAACCGAUUCUGGCCAACCUUAAAGUGUUUGGAUGCCACGCGUAUGUUCAAGUGCCUCAAGACAAACGCGCGAAGUUCGACUCCAAGUCAUCACUCUGUCGUUUCCUGGGAUACGCCGAACACCAGAAGUCAUAUCGAUUUGAGGAAGUGUCAACAGGAGCGAUCAAGAUCAGUCGCGAUGCCACAUUCAUGGAAGACAAGUUUGAUGAAGGUCCGCGCAACUACAACGAUGAGUCAAGUGUCGUUGAGUUUGAUGAUCAUGAUGAGGACGAAGAAAAAGAAGAAGGUAAAACUGACGACGACAUGGACUCGAGCGACGAUGACAACGAAGACACCAGGUCUUCGAAGAGCAACAUCAAGAGACACACGCGCACUCAAUCACUUGAGAAAGCUACCGUCAUUCCAAGUCCCAAGCGAAGAACAUACAGAGGUCCGUCGCUUGAGCAUGUGUCAGCGGCUGCAAUGGAUUUUGAAGCAGCCUACAUCGUUGAUUCAGUGGGGGAAACGCCGACUACAUUCAAGUCGGCGAUGGAAUCAAGCGACUCCGGCAAGUGGAAAGAAGCGUGUGACUCGGAGUUCGAUUCGCUUCAGAGAAACGACACGUGGGAAAUCGUGCCUCUUCCGAAAGGUCGCAAGGCCAUCGGGUGCAGAUGGGUUUUUCGUGUAAAGGAGAAUCAAGAUGGCGAAGUUGAACGUUUCAAGGCAAGACUUGUGGCCAAAGGAUUCUCACAGAAAUUCGGAGUUGACUAUGAAGAAACUUUCGCACCGGUGGCCAAGUUCACAUCGAUUCGUGUGGUGCUCAGUAUGGCGGCUAAGUACGGCCUAAUGCUACAUCAGAUGGACGUCAAGACAGCGUUUCUUAACGGCUCCCUCAACGAAGACAUCUACAUGGACCAGCCGGACGGAUACCUGGAUGCAACACAGCCGGACUAUGUGUGCAAGCUAAAGAGAUCACUCUACGGCUUGAAGCAAUCGCCUCGCAUGUGGAACCAAACAAUCGAUGGGUUCAUGAUCAAGAUGGGAUUCAAGAAGUGCGAAUCGGACCACUGCAUCUACAUCAAGCGAGACGACCAAGACAUGAUUCUCGUGGUGCUCUACGUCGAUGAUCUCAUCCUGGCCAGCAGCAACAACGAACUCCUCAAGUCAACCAAGAUGGCGCUGAGCAAACGCUUCGAAAUGACGGAUCUCGGUGAGCUCGAUUACUUUCUCGGCAUGGAGAUCAAGAACGACCGUAAGACGGGAAUGGUGACUGUACAACAAACCAAGUUCCUCAAGUCCGUGUUAACCAAGUUCGGAAUGGAUAACAGCAAGCCAGUGAAGACGCCUCAAGAUCCCGGCCUGAAGCUAACCAAGAACAUGUGUGAACAAGAAUGCAAGCACGAAGACACCAUGUGCAACGUGCCAUAUCGAAGUGCUGUCGGAGGCAUCAUGUAUCUCAUGGUCGCCACACGUCCGGAUCUAGCUGCUGCAGUGGGAUCAUUAUCCCAGUUCUCGUCCGACCCAUGCCCAACUCACUGGCAAGCUUUGAAGCGUGUGCUGAGAUACCUGCAAGCAACGCCCAAUCAUGGUCUUGAGUUUACACGUCAAGAAGGAAGCCGUAUCUGCGGGUACACCGACGCAGACUGGGCCGGCGACAUUGAGUCAAGACGAAGUACAAGCGGCUAUGUGUUCAUGAUGAGCGGAGGAUGCAUCAGCUGGAAAAGCCAGAAACAACGGACGGUCGCGCUAUCUUCAACAGAAGCAGAAUACAUGGCGCUUUCCGAAGCAACCAAAGAAGCAGUAUGGCUCAAAGUGCUUUUGGGGGAACUUGGUGAGAUGACAAGCGACGAAGCGAUCAAGAUGUAUGAAGACAACCAAGGAUCAAUCGCUCUCGCCAAGAACCCGGAGUUCCAUAAGAGAACAAAACACAUCGACAUACGCUACCAUUUUGUGCGUGAGAAGGUGGAAUCAGGUGAAGUCGUUUUGGAGUAUUGCCCGACUCAAGAUAUGCUGGCAGACAUGAUGACCAAGCCGAUCGCCGCUGUACAAUUUGAAAACAUUCGCGAUCGACUUGGGAUCCAUGGUGCCGCAGCUAACGAGUCGAGAGGGAGUGUUGAAAAGACAGCGGCUGUGAAGAAGACACCUCGUCAAGCUGCGUCAAGUGUUGAAGCAAGUGGAAGACCAAGCUUCGCUAUACCGGUGGGUACCGGUAUGUACCAGUAA